CUGCUGCUGCUGCCUGCUGCGUGAACCCGGACCCGAGCUCUGACGACCCGGGCUCGCCUGUCGGACCGGGUCCCCUUCUGAGAGCUCAGCCAGUUUUCCGCCCGGUCUGCACCGCCGCCGCCCGCUCAGCGCUUUAAGCACAGACUUGCCAACUUGCACUUGCGUUACCUUGAAUUGCAUACCCGCCUGAUGAGAUUGUAAGCUCCCCGGGGCCAGGACCCGUGCCCUUUAGAGAUAAACAUCCUAGCUUCUGUCUGCGAGCUUGACCCCCGAGGAGGGGUUUGCAAAGUGUCUGUAAAAUGAACGAACGCUUCUGUAGUGUGUUGCUCCAGAUGAGCUAAGUGGUGGGAAAAUUCAAGGCGGGAACUUCUUCUUCUUUUCCUCCCCCCGCAGGGGGUGGCUCGCUUUGUUGUGUGCCAGGCGCUGCGCAGACCGUGGAAAUACCGUGGUGAGGAAGAACCAGACUCAUCCCAGUUCCUGCCUUCGUGGAGCCAGCAGUUUAUGGGAGGCGGCGGGGGGGGGGCAGCUGUUAAUUAAAGGAUUCCCACGCAUUGCAUGUGAACUGAUAACCCAUUAGAUAAACCAUGGCCAGGGCGUGCAAAGAGAAGUACAUGAUAUGAGGGAGUUAAAGAAGUGAUGAGGGGGCUACACAAUCCAAAGGAUCGGUGUUAAUUGGGGGAACUAAACUUCAGCACAGUGAAGCACUCGCAUGAAGUAAAACAGGUCCUGUGGCUGGAGAGAGCCUGAUUUGAGAACUGAAAGAAGACAAAUGGAGCCCAGGUGCCGGGGAGUGUGGUUCCCAUGGUGACAAAUGUGGGUGCCGGCAGACCUUGUGAACCAUGUAAAGAAUUGCAGCCCUUGGAACAGCACAGGAAGCCCUUGUGGUUGGGCAACGGGAUGGAGCUUUGAAACAAGCUGCAAAUGAAAGUAGUGCAUCCCCAGCUAACUAACAUUUGCUUUAAAACAGACUCGAUCAGAGGAAGAAGUGGAAUGGGAAAAAAAAUGAGAAGAUCUUCUUAUGUUUUAGUUUAUUUUUUUUUAAAGAUUUUAUUUAUUCAUGAGAAACACAGAGAGAGGCAGAGACACAGGCAGAGGGAGAAGCAGGCUUCCUGCAAAGAGCCUGAGGUGGGACUCGAUCCCGGGACUCCAGGAUCAUGCCCUGAGUUGAAGGCAGACGCUCAACCGCUGAGCCACCCAGGCGUCCCUAUGCUUUAGUUUAAAGGGAAUCUUCACUUGCUCCUUUGAUAUUACACAUUAGCAAUGAUUGAUGCUCAGAUGAGCCACAGUUCCAAAUAGGCAAGCGUGUUUAAUGUCACUGAAAUUCAAGGCAAAAGGUUCUUACCUUGGAUUAUAAACUGGGGAGCAUAAACCAAUGUUUGUUUUAUUCAAUAAUGUGUGCCCAGUGCUUGGAUCUAGUUGGUACUUAAAAAAAACUGUGGGGGUGCUUGAGUGGCUCAAUUGGUUAAGCUUCCCAGUCUUGAUCUUAGGGUCCUGAGUUCGAUUCCCCCCACUUUAUUCCUAUAAUAUACAUAUAAUAUUUCAUUACUGUAGUGAUGAAAUAGAAGCAGAUAUUCUUUAGCUCUAUGGUCUUCUUUUCUAGAACAUGUUGUUGUUUGUUUGUUUGCUUUUAAAGAUUUUAUUGGGCAACCUGGGUGGCUCAGUGGUUUUGUGCCUGCCUUCAGCCCACGGCGUGAUCCUGGAGACCCGGAUCGAGUCCCACAUCAGGCUCCCUGCAUGGGGCCUGCUUCUCCCUCUGCCUGUGUCUCUGCCUCUCUCUCUCUGUCUCUCAAAUAAAUACAAUAUUUUAAAAAAUAAUGUAUUUAUUUAUUUGAGAGAGAGAUAGCAAGAGAGAGCAGAGCAGGAGGGGGGUGGUCAGAGAGAGAAGCAAACUUCCCGUUGAGUAGAGAGCUUGACCUGGGGCUUGAUCCUAGGAUCCUGGGAUCAUGACCUGAGUUAGAGGCAGAUGAUUAAUGGCUCAGCCACUCAGGGGCCCCUCCAGAACAUGUCCAACAACAGAAGUAAAUAAAUAGCUGAAUGUUUAAUGUGAUAUAUCAAAAGAAAAUUGACAAUUGGAGUUUGCCCUUGAACACUCUUAAUUCAUUGUGGAUUAUUGUUUUUGUUGUUCUUUAUUUUUUUAUCUUGCCUAGACAAUUGUCCUUUCUCGUCCAUCCCCUUAGUGAACUAAUUUUGCCAGUGACACAUCUCUUGUAUUCAUUUAAACUUGAAAAAACUCAAGAACUAUAGGAUAAUAACAAUUAUAUGUGUGGUGCAUUCUGAAACACUGUUGUAAUUUCCAGUAGGAGAGACAAUGCAGUAUGUUUAGGUCAUCUGAUCUCAACUGGAAGUGCCCCUCCACCUUAUGUAAUUAUUAUGUUUAAACCCACUUUGAACUUCUCAAAAGAAAGAUGUUUGUUUAUACAGUAUUUAUUCUGCACUAUACAGUAACAAUUUUAUCAUUUACAAUAGGUGAAUGGCAAUGUAAUAGAUGUCAUACACAUUCCUUUGUAAUUUGCGGACACUUCACCUGGCCCCACAAAGUAGAUUCUUUCCCCACAUAGUUUGGGACCAUUGUUUUAUAGUGAAUGCUAACUCUGAGGCUGAAAGUAAUUUGGACUGAAAUUUAAUAAUCACCUUUUUUCUAAACCUUUUUUUCUGUAUUUUUCAACAUAAAGUAGGAUUUUGCUAUAAAAGAAAUAGCCAUAAGGAACCUUUUGAAGUUAUCAAUAUAGAGAAAACCACCACAAGAAGCAACCAUGCCUGCAGAAGGAGGGAAAACUGACAUGGAGAGGAUUGGCCUCUUCAGUGAGAUGGAAUAUGUUACUGUUGGUGAUAAAUACUUGUCAUCAUUUAACCGACCCUUUAAUGAGGCUGCAAGCAAAAAUAAACAGAUGCUACCUGGGGGAUCCAAAGAAAUGUCAAAUCUCCAGGCAGGUUAUUUUGAUCACCAUUUUGUAAGGAUAUUUGAAGGUGAAGGCUAUGUAAAUCUGAAUCAAGUGAGGAGACGGCAUAUGAUGGAAGAAGCCAAAAAAAAUCUAGGCAAAGCCUUCCUCCCUAGUAGUGGAGAAAAAAAGCCAUGUGGUUUAGGAAGCUACUAUGGAACAAUAGGUGGUCCAGUGCCAUUCUUCAGUGCACAGUCAAAACCCAGAGAAAAAUAUGAGGCACCUGGAAAGAAUUUGUACACAAACCCAGGAAAGAAAGGAACUGGGUAUGGCUAUGCAAAUGUUACCAUAGGUAAACAGUUUUCACACUCUGCUGAUUUCUACGAUGCACCCAAACUUAAUUUUAAGAAGGAGAAUGAAGAACACCAUCGUUUAGUUAAAGGAACACCUUUCAAAUUAAAUCUUUACCCAAGGGAAUAUUUUGAUACUAAUCCUUAUUUGUUUGAGAAUCCUUUACCACCAAUUAAAAAAACAGAGAAGAAAGAAUUACUUACACACCCCUUUAAGCCCUCUUCUCCUGGUAAAAAGGCAGGUGGAAUGAAGGCAGGAACAUUUGACCCUUAUCCUUCACAUUCUGCUGACCCUUAUGUGGUUAAAUUGUCAAGCCAGAUUUCCAGCAAAGGUGCUAAGAUUUUCCAUCCACCAAGUGGGCCAAAGAGCAGACCAGUUGAAAGUAUAAUGACUUUGAAUGUCAAAAGGGCACUAAAUAUGAAGAACUACAAGACUGCUUCAGUCCAGUCCUAUUAGCAUGAGGAAGACAAAUAGCUCUCUAGGUCCCAUCUACCAACAAUUCAUUAUCAAAUGCGAAUUAUUUGCAGAAAAACGUAAGAUAUGGAACAGGUAUCUCAAGUAUUUAAAAUAUAUAUACCCUGCAACUCUAAUACUCUUCCUUGUUUUAGUACUAUUGCUAAUGAAUAAAUAGUAUUUGUUAAUAAUAUAUGAUUGCUAAUCUUUGUUUAGGUCUCUGUUUCUGGGGAAAAUAAACUGUUUA